UGUGCAGCCAUGUUCCGAUAAGCUGCACCCCUUCAGUCGCUGUAUUUCUCAGUUCAGCAUUCGUCGUCAGAAAUGCAUUGAAAUAGCUGUUGCGUUAGGAGCAGAUUAAGAUAUGUUUCGACAUUUUUGAACAAUUUCUUGAUAAAUAAAAAUGACGAAUACGCCGACGAGCAACGCGUUUUUGAUUUUCCUGUCGUGCGUUUGCCAUCUGGUUUUUGGACAAAUCUGCUACUCAACUCCCGAGGAGAUGGAGCGUGGGGCCUUUGUUGGGAAUAUCGCCGAGGAUUUAAGGCUAAACAUUUGGGAAUUAUCGACUCGCAGAUUUCGGCUGGUCUCCGACGACAUAAGGCAAUAUAUAGAGGUAAACAUGGAAAAUGGCAAAUUAUUUACUAAUAAAAAAAUAGACAGAGAAGAGAUUUGUAGACAAAAUCCCACCUGCUCCUUUACUUUUCAAAUAGCGCUCAAGGACCCCACGGAAAUGCAUCCUGUCGAAGUCGAGAUUAUAGACGUAAAUGAUAAUUCGCCCAGUUUUGAGAAGGCAGAAUAUUCGUUGCGGAUCAGCGAGUUAAUUGCAACAGGGGCGCGUUUCCCCCUCGAAAGUGCGCACGAUCCCGAUGUGGGCACAAAUACAAUCAGCACUUACCAUAUCAGUGCGAAUGGGCACUUCGCUGUCAAAGUGCAGUCGAUGAGAGAUGGGAGUAAAAGUGCCGAGCUGUUAUUAGAGAAACCACUAGAUCGUGAGCGGCAGUCGACAUUUCAUCUUACACUGACAGCCAUUGAUGGCGGGGUUCCUCACAGAUCUGGCACAGCACAGAUUAUCAUCAACGUGGUAGACGCAAACGAUAACGCACCUACGUUCGACCAAGAAAUCUACAGAGCGAAAGUACCAGAAAACGCCGCCAAAGGUACAUUGGUCAUAAAACUUAAAGCUGCUGAUUUGGAUGAAGGUACCAAUGCUGAACUGACGUACUCUUUCACUAAUCAUGUUACUAAAAGGAAUCGCGCGUUGUUCACCUUGCAUCCGAGAACUGGAGAGAUCAGAGUUCAAGGAACAUUGGAUUUUGAAGAAUCACCUGUUUGCGAUCUUGACAUACAAGCUGUCGAUAACGCUCCGCCUGGAUUGUCCGGACGUUGCAAAGUUGUGGUUGACAUUAUUGAUAUUAAUGAUAAUGCCCCCGAAUUAGACGUGACUUUGGUGUCAAGUGCGGUGCAAGAAGACACUCCUCCAGGGUCUGUGAUAGCACUAAUGAGUGUAACGGAUCUUGACUCCAGUAAAUAUGGCAAAGUUCAGUGCCAGAUUCAAGGGAAUAUUCCGUUUAAGCUCGAACACCCUGUGGUGAACAGUUAUAAGUUGAUUACAGGAGACGUUCUCGAUCGGGAAACGGUGUCACUCUAUAACAUUACCAUUUCAGCCUGGGAUGGAGGCUCGCCUCCACUAACCACAAGCAAAGUUGUAACAGUUUCGGUAACUGAUAUAAAUGACAACGCACCGAGGUUUACACAAUCCUCAUAUAACGUGUAUCUGAUGGAGAACAAUAUUCCAGGCAUAUCCAUAUUCGCUGUUACGGCGCUAGACAUUGACUUGGGUAGGAACGGAGAAGUAUUCUAUUCUAUUCUGGGAGGUCAAUCGCAAGAACAGUCUGCGUCUGUUUACGUCACGAUUAACUCCAAAACGGGCAACAUAUACCCACUGCGCUCCUUUGAUUAUGAGCAAAUGAAGCAUUUCAAGAUCCAAAUUCAAGCCCAGGAUGGUGGAUCACCACCAUUGAGCAGCACUGCUAGUGUCAAUGUAAUAAUUUUAGAUCAAAAUGAUAAUCCGCCGGUUAUCACUUCUCCUUUAACGUGGAACGAUUCUGCAACGAUGGAGAUUUCGUCCCAGUCCGUAUAUCCAGGUUACUUGGUCACCAAGGUUCUAGCAACAGAUGCCGAUUCCGGCCAAAACGCACGGCUGUCCUACCAAUUUGUAGAGGCUACUGGUCGCAAUUUGUUUACCGUAGGCCUUCUCUCUGGCGAAAUUAGAGCAACACGGCACUUAAACGACAAAGACAGAAUAACAGAAAAACUGGUAAUCUGUGUGAAGGACAAUGGACAGCCGAGUCUCUCCAGUACGGCCACAAUCGUGGUUUCAAUUUUAUCUAAUAUUACUGAGCAAUCUUUGGAUGGAACUAACAAACCUUUGCAGCCUGAGUACUUUUCUUAUUUGAAUCGUUAUUUGAUUAUCAUUUUUGGAUCAACUUCCUUUCUGUUUCUUAUAACAAUUAUUCUUCUCGUGACUUUGAAGUUGAAGCAAGGAAGUCGUAUUAAUGGAAACUAUAAUUCUAAUGCACGUUGUCACGACCGUAGGAAUUCGACAGAUGUCUUUAAUCGGGGAUACGCAACAAACGAGCCAAUUAACUAUACUGUACCUUGUCAGACUGAAGGAUAUCGCUACACAGUGUGUUUAUCACCAGAAUCAUCGAAAAGUGAUUUUUUAUUUCUAAAGCCCUGCCAUCCUACUUUGCCUUUUAACAACCUGGGUAGCCAGGAAACCGGAACAAGAAAAUAAUUUAGAAGCAUUUGUCACGCCGAGAAUGUUGGACAAAUCGCCGCGAUGAAAUAUUAUUGCCGUUUGACGAAGCAGUAGAACAUUUCAAGUGACUCAAUUCCAGAACAUCACUCUCAGGAAAGAAAUAAAUCGUCAAUUCACAUCUAGAUGCCUUUUGACGACUUCCAUUCUGUCAGCACAAACAGAUCCUUGGUGUUUAGUUUAUAAAAACUCUUCAAAGUUUUGGACGAAUUUAUUGAAUGUCCUUUAACCUUCUCCACGCUCAGAAUAGUGAAAAGCCGUCUUUUGUCAUUUCUCCAUACAGCUGAAACCGUCAACAUGUACCGACCUAAAAAUCUUCUUUGGAUCAAAAACAUCCAAAACAUUGUCAACAUUCCGACUAUAGUUGUGAUGCCAAGUGUUGGCCACAAUACUCCAGCUGAAUUGUCACUGAGAUAUAGAAUUUUUAUCUAUUACAUAUUAAGUAUUUUUUGUUCAUUCAUUCAUGGGAUGUGAGUGUCGCUGAUUGGCUAAUGACUUAUUCCCCAGUUAUCCUUGAAACGUCGGUGAUGAUUUGCCUUCUUGAAGUACUGUACUCCAACCACUGUAGGUAGACUCAUGGUAUGACAUUAGGGAGGGAGUUUCAGAAUUUUGACCCGGUGACACCGAAGGAAGAGAAAUAUAUUUCUAAGUCAGAAUGCUGAGUAGGUUGGAAUUUUCAGAUGAUCGUGUUCCCAAGUAUCUGCUGUCCUCGUCCUUCUGGGUGGCAGUGCUUGUGGGUUCGGAAAGUUGUGUCUAAGAAGCGUUGAUGAAUUUCUACUGUGACCUUUACUGAUUGUGAACAUACAUCGAAACAUUAUAGAUUCCUGCACCUGCAGUAAUUUGGUCCUACAAAGAAACAUAGGUCGCUUUAAAAUGCUACAGGAUAAAAAAAAGACAUUACAUAUUUAUAGUAUUCACUGGAAAUAGAAUGGCUGAAUAGUAAAAUUAAACCACAAAACAAGAAUAAAAAUAAAGUACAUUAAAAUUGAAAUUUGACUUCUAUUAAUCAGUUUUGAGCAAUGGCUCUAGUCUUUUGCCCUGUAACAAUAUAAACAUUUCUGUUAGUAUACCAUUCCCACCAAAUAACAUUUCAAUGCUUGCUGGUAUACAUUCCCUUUGCCACAUGCAACCAUGACUUUCAGUUCCUUUACCUACAUGUAUCUCCCAUCUAAUCGACACAGAUCGAAAUCUUCUCUCAGCAGCAUUCAAAAUAAUAACAAUAAAAAAAAGCAAAUACUGGUGAUCCGAAAGAAAAGCAGAAAUUUCUUGUGAAAUUCACAUGUCUCGCAGCAUCUGUGGAGAGAAAGAAGAGCUCACUUUCUGAAUCCAGUGAAUGUUUAUCAACACUGACGGCAUUACAAAUAAAGUAGUUUGUUGACUAUGACUAACGUUUCAGGCCUAGAGCCUUCUUCAGAAAGGGUCUGAAGGAGGGACUAGGCCCGAAACGUCAGCCUUCCUGCUACUCUGAUGCUGCCUGGCCUGUUGUGUUCAUCCAGCUCUACACCUUGUUGUCUCAGAUUCUCCAGCAUUUGCAGUUCCUGCUAUCUCUGUUGACUAUGACUGUUGUCUCCUAUCUAUUCUCGUUGACCACGAGCCUUCUGAGAUCUUUGGCAUGCUAUGCAAAAUAAGUUAU